AUGGCAGAUCGUGGCAGUUAUGGAAGGGGAGAAGAUUAUGACUCUGAAGAAGAUGACAAUGAUUUCCACCGUAAAGUUCAGCUACAACAGCAAUUAAUACAAGCUGAACAGAUGGAGAAAGUUGACCGACAGAAAGAGGUGCUUGGAUUACAACAGCAGGCAUUGUUACAACAGCAAGAUGAUGAUUUAAUGCAGAAAGUUUAUCAACAACAGCAGAUGAUGAACAGAGAUCAACCUCAAAUGAUGGCUCCACCACAACACUUACAACAAGUAAUGAAUAUCCCAGCUGGGUCAGGACCCCCUACAUCUGCCCCCCAACCACCACCACUGAUGUCACUUAAUACACAGGGUGGUAUUCCACCACCGACACAACCCAUGAUGGUUUCAGGACCAGGGUCACAAGGAGCUAUGGCCCCUAGUCAACAACAGAUGCCACCAGGUGGCCCACCUCCAGGUUUGCAGAUGCCACAAGGAAUGCAGGGUCCUCAAGGCAUGGGAGGACCACCCCAAGGAAUUGGAGCCCCGCCUGGACCUCCUCAAGGUAUAGGAGGGCCACCCCAGAGCAUAGGAGUGCCACCCCAGAACAUGGGAGUGCCUCCUGGCCCACCUCAAGGAAUGGGAGGGCCACCUCAAAGCAUGGGAGGACCCCCUCAAAACAUGGGAGGUCCACCUCAAAACAUUGGAGGCCCCCCUGCACCUCCUCAGAUGAUGGGUAGACCUCCAGGACCGCCACAAGGAAUGGGUGGUCCACCUCAAGGAAUGGGAGGGCCACAAGGACCACCUCAAAGAAUGGGGGGACCUCCAUCAGGCCCGCAAGGAUCUGGAAUGGGAGGACCACCGAUGGGUAUGGAUGGACCACCAAGAGGAAUGGACAGACCCCCACAAAGAGAAAGUGGACCACAGAGAAUCAGUCCUCGAGGAACAUCUGGGGGACAGUCCAGACAACCACAGCCUUUGAUGGAAAAGAACAUUCCUCCACCGGUCGAGAGACCACCAGGACAGAAAGAAAUGAAACUACCAGUGGCUUUAGAGAAAAUGCUGGAAUUCAAAACAGCUCGAGCUGAAGAAGUGGGCUUUAGUCUGGAUGAGUUGGAGAAAACUAGCAAAGAUGAUGAUAAGGAGGAUAAUGAAGAUGAUGAUGACAAUGAUGAUGCUCCAGAAGAAAUACCAGGCGCCAAUGAUGAUCAACAGCCAGAGGAAGAGGAAGAAGAGGAGGUUAUUGAGAAGCCACCACAACCUUCAAAAAAAGAGUCUAAAAAUAAACGACGUAAGAAGAAGAAGAAGAAAGCCAAGAAGAAUCGUCAAUUGAAAUCAUUUGACAGACAAUCUGACGAGGAGGAGGAAAAGGAUGAAGAUGUUCAAGUCGAAUAUGUACAAGAACAGUUAGAACUGGAACCAUCAGAUCCAAACUAUUUUGUCUUCUCCAGAAUAUUCGAAGCUUUCAAGAUUUCGGAACCAGAAAAAAUUAAAGACACCAGUAAGCCAGAUUCUGGGAAGAAAGAUGGAGAAAAGAAAGAUGAAUCAAAGAAAGAAAAAACAGGACUUGAGGAUGAUGAAGAUGAUGUAAGUUGA